GUGUCUCACAUAGAAGGAACCAGUCAUGGGUUUAAAAGCCUCGCUGACAUAGACUGUUUUGACAACCCAACCAAUCCUGCGUUAGCCCUUGACAGCGGCGGGAAUUCCCAGAACAAUGGAAACAACGGGAAUAGCCAGGACAGUGGGGAUAACGGAAAUAACCAGGGAAGGCUGGAAAGAUAUAACCAGUUUAUCAAUGACAGAUUUGACGUGUUGGCGGGGCUGAAAGGGGUGAUGAUGCUUCCGGUCACCAUUGAGUACCGCACGUGCGUUUGUGGUUUGCCUUCUGGGAAACAAUCGUGUACGUUCUGUACGAGAAGGGCAAUAACCUGGGAGAUCGAACGAACUGUUGACGCCAUAUUCGGAAAUAUCUCUUUAGUAGCAUUGAUUUCCAUCAUCUGUUGCGUGCUGUCAAUCAUCGGACUCAUAUCGAGGCUGGUGCUGCAGAGAAUGAUUCCCUUCUUCAACAGCUACCCUGGAAAGGUGCAGUUCUGCCUGUGUGUCAGCCUCCUUGUCGCUUACAUCUUCUUCCUGGUCGGAGGCGCAGUUGAGGACGGGACUCGAACGUGCACCAUCAUCGCCGUCAUCACCCACUUGGCUUUUCUCUCCUCUCUUCAGUGGAUGAACGUGACGGCUUUUGAGAUCUGGAGAACCUUCAGGCACUGGAGUAACCAGGUAAUGACUCGAGGCACGAAGAGUCUGUUUCUCUCCUGCCUCUACUCCCUUGUGAUCCCAGGGAUGAUCAUCACCGCAGCUCUAGUCCUGGAUAAGUUAUGGCCCUGGUCAGAAUUCUCACCCUCCUAUGGAAGACCUUCGUGUUGGAUCAACGGAACCAAGUCUGUGGCCAUCUUUUUCGUAGCUCCGUGCAGUUUCAUCAGCUUCAUGAAUGUUAUCUUCAUCGUUUUGACGCUGAGGGGGCUACGGAGACAAAGAACCAGCAUUUCCGAGUUCCGAAAGCCCAAUAACAACAUGGCUGUAACGGACACCAGAAUCGUGGUCAAAAUCAUCUUUCUAGUGGCUCUAAUUGACCAUCGGGUUUUCUGGAUUAUCUUCACCAUUCUCAACGCCUCUUUGGGAUUCUUUAUCAGCCUGGUGCUUGUGUUUAACCGUCGUGUGAUGUCUGCUCUGAAGAAGUCCUGGCAAACCUACAGGGCGGAAAAUACUAUCGCCACGAGAACGUCUAUCGCCAAAGAAGGGUUAAGACAAACAUCUAGCAGUUAA